GAAUAAUAAAUUUCAACCCCCUCCAUACAAAAGUCAACUCGCCUCCUCUUCUUCUAUUCUCCUCCUUCCCUCUUCCUCUCUCUCAUGAAUUCCCAAUUCUGAGAAAAACCGUAUCGGCCGAUACGCUCCGAACCCCGAUAUUCCCCCUCUCUGUUUGUAGAUGGGUAACGGUAUCGGCAAGCUCGGCAUCUGCUUCUCUGGAAGCAGCGGCAUCCAUCGCCGCCACGAUAUCGCUGUAGUGAUAUCAGAGCCGUUGGAUGAAGGCCUGGGCCACUCCUUCUGCUACGUUCGUCCCGACCCAUCUCGUCUCUCAUCAUCGAAGGUCCACUCAGAAGAAUCAACGGGCGCUACGACGACGUUCCGUACGAUAUCCGGAGCAUCGAUCGGCGCCAACGCUUCUACUCCUCUCUCCACGGCCUUGAUCGAUCUCUACUCCUACAAUUCCAUCGAUCGGGCCUCCGCCGCUUUCGAUUGCUCGAAUUCCUUCGCUUCGAUCCCACUCCAACCCGUCCCGAGAUUGAAUUCAGGCCCUCUGUCAGGAACCCUUGGCGGGAUGAACCCUUCCGGGCCCAUCGAGCGGGGAUUCAUGUCUGGCCCGAUCGAACGCGGGUUCAUGUCUGGUCCGCUCGAUCGCGGCCUCUUCUCGGGGCCAUUGGAUAAGGGCCCUGAUCAUUUCCAGAGGAGCUUCUCUCAUGGGGGUUAUGCUUUCCGACCCAGGUCGAAGAAGGGGUCUCUGAUUAGGGUCUUGAAGAAGGCGAUCGCAAGAACGAUUGGGCAGAAUUCGAUCAUCGCCCCAGUUAAAGGGGGCCUCUCUGUUAAGGAAUUGGAUUGGUCGGAGAAGAACGGCGAGAAUAUUACUAUAAGUAGUAAUAACUUGAGCAGUGAUCUGAGCAUGGAGGAUGAUAGCUCGGAGAGCCAGAAUCUUCAGUGGGCCCAGGGAAAGGCAGGGGAGGAUCGGGUCCAUGUCGUUGUGUCUGAAGAACAUGGGUGGGUCUUUGUUGGAAUCUAUGAUGGAUUCAACGGUCCGGAUGCUCCUGAUUAUCUCCUUUCCAAUCUGUACUCUGCCGUUCAUAAGGAGCUCAAGGGACUGUUGUGGGAAGAUAAGUUCGAAUCUGUAGUGGGAGCUGCUCAGGAUUCUGAUUCGGGGGUUUCAGUUCAGACCCAGGAAUCCGGCAGACGUAAAUCAAUGAGUCAGACGGUUGAAAGCUGUUCUCAGUGCGUUGAAACAGAGAAUUACCCAUUUGGGGUUGAUUCGAAUUCGAAUAGAAAGAAGACCCGCAGCAAGAGUUCAAAGAACAGGUUCAAAGGGGUGACGAAGAAAUGGGAGGAGAAUCAGAAGAGGUGGAAGUGCGAAUGGGAGAAGGAGAGGUUGGAGCUGGAACGGAGAUUGAAGGAACAGCUGAGCCGGUCGGGUUCGGAUCGCGUCGUGAACCAUUCGGAUGUCUUGAAGGCUCUAUCGCAGGCGUUGAAGAAGACUGAGGAAUCUUAUUUGGAUAUCGCAGAUAAGAUGGUUGCUGAAAAUCCUGAAUUGGCCCUGAUGGGUUCGUGCGUUUUGGUCAUGUUGAUGAAGGGAGAGGAUGUUUAUUUGAUGAAUGUGGGCGAUAGCCGGGCCAUUUUGGCGAAGAAAGCAGACCCCAACGUGUGGGACUCUCUUGGAAAGGCCCACCAGGACUUGGAACGGAUCAAUGAGGAGACCUUGCAUGAUCUUGAGGUCUUCGAUGGCGAUCAGCUAGACGAAUUUUCGAAUUUAACGGCUCUUCAGCUUACCUUGGAUCACAGCACUUGCAUCGAUGAGGAAGUACAGAGAAUCAGAAACGAACACCCAGAUGAUGCUUCCGCUGUCACGAACGACCGUGUGAAAGGCUCAUUGAAGGUUACGCGGGCUUUUGGUGCUGGCUUUCUCAAACAGCCGAAAUGGAACAAUGCACUUCUAGAGAUGUUCAGAAUUGACUACGUCGGGACCUCCCCCUAUAUCACAUGCAGCCCGUCUCUUUAUCACCACAAACUUGGCCCAAAAGAUAGAUUUUUGAUAUUGUCAUCUGAUGGACUUUAUCAGUACCUAACCAAUGAAGAGGCAGUUGCUCAGGUAGAGCUGUUCAUCAAUGAAUCACCUGAAGGAGACCCUGCACAGCACCUCGUUGAAGAAGUCCUCUUUCGCGCGGCAAAGAAAGCUGGUAUGGACUUUCACGAGUUGCUAGAGAUACCACACGGGGACCGGCGUCGAUACCACGACGAUGUUUCGAUCAUUGUUAUUUCUUUGGAGGGACGGAUAUGGAGGUCAUGUGUGUAAAUAGAGCCACAGAUUAGAGAAGAAGAUACAGAGAUCCACAGAAAAAGUCGGGCAUUUUCCAUUUUUUCUCGGUUGCCAUUGUACCAUACCACUUAAGCUCUGAGAGGAAACAUACUGCCCGUGUGUCCAGUGAUGAGGAGAUUGUAAAGAUGCAAACGCUGCUUCAAGUUGAUUUCAAACUGUUAUAAAAGAAAAUGUAUUUUUCUAAUAAAUGGCUCUCUUCGCGAGUUCCAUGAUGCAAGCUAAUGACUGUAAGAGCGACCCAUUGGUCACCCCUUUUUCCCCUAUAUUUCGAAAGUCCAGUAAGGAUCGAAUGGUCCUGAUCCACCCAUUCUUCUAUUAGAUUUCUUUCUCUGUAUUUCUUCA